CUCAGCUCAUUUAGAAAUAAUGAAAAAAAAGUAGCGAAAAUGCGCGCGGAAGCGGAUCUAUCAUGAUCUAUUUGUACAUAGUUGUAGAAGGUACCACUCCACCACCUUUCGCUUUCGUCCAUGACCAACUCGCGCACAGAUAGAUGGGUAUGUAAGGAGUUGAAGUAAACGUACAGAUGCAGAUGGAGGGGUAGUACGACGCAAUUUGUAUUUGAUUCGACAGCAAGAAAAAGGGUUGUUAUACAGGAAUCUCAACGGUUCAAUCUCAACGGUUGCAUCUCAAUACUAUGCACGGCCUUAUGCUAAAACACGAAGGAAAUCUUGCGAAAUCUCUCAUGUUAAAAGCGCGAAUCCGUGUGGGGGCCCGACAUUUCACCUAUCAACUACCACGCUGUAGCCGAUAUGUCCCGAAGGAACGGCUGCAUCUCAACGGUUUGAGACGCCUCAACGGAAU